AUGCGACGUCUGGAUGGAGUACUCCCGACUGCGCUGGAAGGUCUGCAGCAGCGGAGAGAGACGGGUAGGAGACUCCGGGAGAUAGACAGCUUGCUUCGAGAUGACCAGGACGACUCAAUAGCUCGAACUGUGGCAGUGGCCAAGACGACUGGAGGCUGUAGCUUCGGAUCGGGUCGAAAUGCCAAGAAGAACGCUCGCUACUGGCUGAGCAAAGGCUUUUCUGGCCCAGGACCGGGGGCAUACGCUGUGUCCAAAGCUGAUCGCAUCGUCAAGGCAAAUGCUGGUGGUGGAGGAGCGCUGGGACUACGUAGCGGCUCUUGCUGUCGCUUCCAGCCUUGCGAGUGCAAGAAGCCGCGAGAACAAACGGAGAUAGCAGCUGAACAUUUCGACGGCAAGCGGCAGGAUACCACGCAGCCGCGACGCUCCAUUCCGCCUUUGGUGGCCAUGUGGGCAUGCACUUGA